AUGUCCUUGCAGAGUUCUUUGAAUAGACGAGUGUUGGUCACAGAAUUGAGCACUUCCCGUAGAGAGGCAGGAAGGGUCUUACUAGCGAGAGCAUACCGGUGGGUAAGAAACCCCUUCUCUGCUACACUUGACGUAUCCAGCCUCCCCGACGAAGUCCAAGAAGAAUUCUUGGAUCAACGGAACGACUCUCCGGCGCGUGACCUGUUCCAGGAGAAAUCGGUAACUCAAUUCUGGUGCGCUAUGCAUCAAUCAUAUUCCAAAGUCAACAUGCUGGCCUUACGUGUUCUUCUUCCAUUUGCCUCCACCUACCUCUACGAGGCCGGAUUUUCAACCCUCGUCCACAUCAAAUCGAAGACCAGGAACAGAUUGGAUGUCAAGGAUGAAAUGAGAUUGGUUCUUACAAACACCCCGCCACGAAUUCAAAGACUCGCUGCUCAGAUGCAACCCCAACCAUCCCACUAA